AAGAUAUUUUAUCCUAUUUCAUUAUGGCGGAAUAUCCAAAGAACAAAAAAUGGUAGUAAUAAAAAUAGCGAAAGGCAUAGAGGAUCACUAAACUCUUAGCCUUAAUCAGCGGUCAAGAUUAUACCUUUUAGUGAGAUCCAACGGUCAUAUUUGAUCCAAGUUGUCCCUUAGUGAAAACGAAGAGAUGGCGAAAUUUUGUUUGAUUGGCUAAAAAUCAACACACUGAUAAAAUAAGAGUUGCAGAGAGAGUCUCUCAUCUUCUUCAUUUCUUCACCACCAUCAUCACACACCUUCUUCUUCUUCUUCUUCUCUCUCUAUCACAAGAGAGUCAAAUCCAUGGCUUCUACUUCUUCCCUCGCUCUCUCUCAAGCUCUCCUAGCUCGUGCAAUCUCUCACCAUGGUUCUGACCAACGUGGAUCUUUACCAGCUUUCUCUGGACUCAAAUCCACCGGUUCACGCGCCUCAGCUUCGUCUCGUCGACGUAUCGCUCAAUCCAUGACCAAAAACCGAUCUCUCCGUCCUCUUGUUCGCGCUGCAGCUGUUGAGACUGUUGAGCCAACCACUGAUUCGUCGAUUGUGGACAAAUCGGUCAACUCGAUUAGGUUUUUGGCUAUCGAUGCGGUGGAGAAGGCCAAAUCAGGUCAUCCUGGUCUUCCUAUGGGUUGUGCUCCGAUGGCUCACAUUUUGUAUGAUGAGGUCAUGAGGUAUAACCCCAAGAACCCUUAUUGGUUCAACCGUGACCGAUUCGUUCUAUCUGCUGGACAUGGAUGUAUGUUGCUCUACGCGUUGCUUCAUCUUGCCGGCUACGACAGCGUCCAGGAGGAAGAUUUGAAGCAGUUCCGUCAAUGGGGAAGCAAGACACCAGGACAUCCUGAGAAUUUCGAGACUCCUGGAAUUGAAGUCACUACUGGUCCUCUUGGACAAGGAAUCGCUAAUGCUGUUGGUUUAGCUCUUGCUGAGAAGCAUUUGGCUGCUAGAUUCAACAAACCUGAUGCUGAAGUAGUCGACCACUACACAUAUGCGAUCCUUGGAGAUGGUUGUCAGAUGGAGGGUAUUUCUAAUGAAGCUUGCUCUCUAGCUGGCCAUUGGGGACUUGGAAAGCUCAUUGCUUUCUACGAUGACAAUCACAUUUCUAUAGAUGGAGACACAGAAAUUGCCUUCACUGAGAACGUGGACCAGCGAUUUGAAGCCCUUGGAUGGCAUGUUAUCUGGGUGAAGAAUGGAAACACUGGGUAUGACGAGAUCCGUGCUGCCAUUAAGGAAGCUAAAACUGUUACUGACAAGCCUACUUUGAUCAAGGUCACUACUACCAUUGGUUAUGGGUCUCCCAACAAGGCGAACUCAUACAGUGUCCAUGGAGCUGCACUUGGCGAGAAGGAAGUUGAGGCUACCAGAAAUAACCUUGGAUGGCCGUAUGAGCCGUUCCAGGUACCUGACGAUGUAAAAAGCCACUGGAGUCGUCAUACACCUGAAGGAGCUACUCUUGAAUCUGACUGGAGUGCAAAGUUUGCAGCAUAUGAAAAGAAGUACCCAGAGGAAGCUUCUGAGUUGAAAUCUAUUAUCACUGGUGAAUUACCUGCUGGCUGGGAGAAGGCUCUACCUACAUACACACCAGAGUCUCCAGGUGAUGCCACCAGAAACCUGUCACAGCAAUGUCUUAACGCCCUUGCUAAAGUUGUUCCCGGUUUCCUUGGUGGAAGUGCUGACCUUGCAUCAUCCAACAUGACAUUGCUGAAAGCCUUUGGCGACUUCCAAAAGGCCACACCUGAAGAAAGAAAUCUUAGGUUUGGUGUUAGGGAGCACGGAAUGGGAGCCAUCUGCAAUGGCAUUGCCCUUCACAGCCCCGGUCUUAUCCCUUACUGUGCGACGUUCUUUGUCUUCACCGACUACAUGAGAGGUGCCAUGAGAAUCUCAGCUUUGUCUGAAGCUGGUGUUAUCUAUGUUAUGACCCAUGAUUCCAUUGGUCUUGGAGAAGAUGGACCAACCCAUCAGCCCAUUGAGCACAUUGCAAGUUUCCGUGCUAUGCCCAACACUCUUAUGUUCCGUCCUGCUGAUGGAAAUGAAACAGCCGGUGCAUACAAGAUCGCUGUCACCAAGCGCAAGACACCAUCUAUCUUAGCUCUGUCUAGGCAAAAGCUGCCUCAUCUUCCAGGUACAUCCAUCGAAGGAGUGGAAAAGGGUGGAUAUACAAUUUCUGACGACUCUUCAGGCAACAAACCCGAUGUGAUCUUGAUUGGAACUGGUUCUGAGCUAGAGAUUGCUGCACAGGCUGCGGAGGUGCUCAGGAAAGACGGCAAAACCGUUAGAGUUGUUUCUUUCGUGUGCUGGGAACUAUUUGACGAGCAAUCAGAUGAAUACAAGGAGAGUGUGUUGCCAUCGGAUGUAUCAGCUAGAGUUAGCAUUGAAGCAGCUUCGACUUUCGGAUGGGGAAAGAUUGUUGGAGGCAAAGGAAAGUCCAUUGGUAUUAAUUCAUUCGGAGCCAGCGCACCAGCACCCUUACUCUACAAGGAGUUUGGUAUCACCGUUGAAGCUGUUGUUGAUGCGGCCAAGUCAUUCUUCUAAGAGAUUUAAGAUCGGACCAUUCUCUCUGAGGGGGUUUUGUCUGAAACUUGAUUUGGAAACAAGGCUAUUCACAACAUUGUCUCAUAUCUCGAAAUAAAGUGCAACAAGACACAAAGACUUUCACUUUCUUUUUUGUUUUUGUUUUUUGUACUUCAGGUCAAGAUAGGUUUUCGGUUUGAGAAGAGAAACAAAUUAGAAAGACAAUGUAAAACUCCCAUGAUCAUUCGUGUAAUGCUAAAUGCUUGAAUUUCAGCAAAACUUUCUAGCAUUUGUUUCUUGGGGUGUAGACUAAAUUACCUACAUAAGCAGACAUAAGCAUUGGGUGGACAAGAGAAAACAGGGUUUGGUUCUUCUUUAAGGUAUAUCUACAUUUGGGGGCCCUAUUUAUCCAUAUUGAAGGAAUGGUGAAGUUUCUACCUUGAGAUAUCCAAAUAUCCAUAUCUCUGGGGGUUUUAUCUGAAACUUGAUCUGGAAACAAGGCUAUUCACAAGAGUGUCUUAUAUCUCAAAAUAAAGUACAACAAGACGCAAAGACUUUCACCUUUUUUUUUUGUUUAUUGUAAUUUGGGUCAACUAAGGUUUUGGCCUUUUGGGUUUGAGAAGAGAAACGAUUUAGAAAGACAAUGUAAAACUCC